GCAAGCGUAACAUUUGCAAUUUCUCUUGAAGUUGAAGCACGUAACAAAAACAGUAUGCCGAUGCUGCGGUGUUUAGGUAGGGUACUUUCCCAACCCAAAGUUGUCUCACACUGUCGGCAGACACAACAAUUGUUUUCUGUCUCAACCAAAGUCCACUCUCCGAUGGUGCCUAUAGUGAUUGAACAAACAGGGCGUGGAGAAAGAGCUUACGACAUCUACUCAAGAUUGCUCAAGGAACGUAUCAUCUGUCUCAUGGGCCCAGUUGAUGAUACACUAGCCAGUCUGGUUGUGGCUCAACUCCUAUUCCUACAGUCUGAGAGCAACAAGAAACCUAUUCACAUGUACAUCAAUAGUCCAGGAGGGUCAGUGACAGCUGGUCUGGGUAUAUAUGACUCAAUGCAGUACGUCCUACCACCAAUAUCUACAUGGUGCGUUGGGCAGGCGUGCAGUAUGGCGUCGUUGCUCCUAGCGGCAGGUACUCCAGGUAUGAGGUAUAGCUUACCAAACUCCAGGGUCAUGGUUCAUCAGCCAUCGGGCCAAGCAGCGGGUCAAGCCACAGAUAUUCAAAUACAGGCAGAAGAGAUCAUGAAGAUUAAAGCUCAAAUCAACCAGUUAUAUUUAAAGCACACGAACCAGCCGUUAGCAACAAUAGAAUCAGUGAUGGAGCGAGACAGAUUCAUGAGUCCGGAAGAAGCAAAGGAGUUUGGAAUUAUUGACAAAGUUUUAGAACAUCCCCCUCUACCAGGGGAAAACAACAAAGUAAACAAGAGUGAUUGAUGACAUCGUCUUUAUCCAGAAAGACUUUUAUCUUAAGGAAAACUUUGCCUCAAAUAACGUUGCUAAGAAACACAACUUCACUUCAGGCUUUUUUUAUGAUGAGCCCUAGGGUUAGGGCGUUUAACCGGUUUACCGGAAAAUUACAAUUUCCUCAUAGGUUGCCCUUUUGUCCCAAGGAGAAAAUGCCUUGGUGCCCUCGCCCUUUCAAAAACGAGCAUACGAGGCCACAGUCUACACCUGUGCCUUUUACAGAUUGGCUCAUAACUUUGAUUUGAAUUGUAAGAACUGGUUUAAAAAGACAUCACAACUGAAACAUAAAUGUAAAUGCACAACUCUAAUCUUGACAGAUUUCUCAAAAACAAUUUGUUCAUACUGAUUUCAAUCCAUGAUGAGCUUUUGGAAGUAUUGCCGAGUUCUAAUCAAUUCUACUUUUCUCAAAGGUGCCAAGAUCCUUUCAGGAAUGUACUCUGCUGAACAAAGGCAUGAUAUUCUUCCUACUUUAAUCAGAUUUUCAAUAUUUUUUCCUCCUUAAAAAAAAAUCAAAGAAAUGUUAUUAAUAAUAGCCUGAAAAGACUAUCAAAUCAUCUUCCAUGUGUACUUGUAUGUCAGCCCUUGUACUCGAUCAAAUGUCCUACUUUUUUUCAAUGGCCUAAUACCAUGCCUGCAAACAGCUGGUAUCAGUAGUGUAAGAUACUUGGUUUUCUAAGUGAUUAAUAAAUAUUAUUAAUAUUUUAGAGGA